AUGUAUAGGCUUCCUGUAUUCUUGGCUCCACGCUCACAUCCUGUUCCCAGGCUAGGUCUCCACCAAAAGGAAUUCACUAUGACUACCGAGGUGUCUUCUACCCGCCUCUACUUGGGCAACCUUCCCCGCCACGCCACCAAGGCAGACGUCGAGGCCCAUUUCCAGAAGCAUGGCACCGGAGAGAUCUCCGAAAUCAAGCUGAUGAGCGGCUUCGGUUUCAUCGAGUAUACCGACCCCAUGGAUGCUCGAGACGUCGUUCCAGCAUUCCAUGGCUCCGACUUCAUGGGCGAGCGCCUUAUCGUGCAAUUCGCUCGCGGCUCCCGUCGCAACGAGAACUUCACUCCCCACGAGCGCGCAGCGCCUCGUCCUCGCCGUACUCCAUUCAGGAUGAGGAUCGUCAAUCUUCCGGUGGAGACAAGCUGGCAGGAUCUCAAGGACUUUGCCCGUCAAUCUGGUCUCGACGUAGUCUACAGUGAAGUCGGACGUGAGCGCGAUGGUACUGGCUUUGUCGAGUACGAGACUGUCAAUGACUUGAAGGCUGCGGUUGAGAAACUGGACCGCCGCGAAUUCAAGGGCCAAGAGGUUCAAUGCACCCAGGAUGUCUCUGACCCUCCUCCUCCCCCACCAUUCAAGCCUCGCGCUCCCUAUGGCGGACCUGGUGGGCCCGAUGAUCGUGGCCGCGAUAGGUACCGAUCUCGUUCUCCUGGAGGUCGCCGUGGCGGCUACCCACCUGCACCCUAUUACGACGACUAUGAUCGCCGCGGCCCGCCCCGUGGAUACAGUCCGCGACGGGGCGGUGGUGACGAUUACCGUAGGCGCUCUCCCCCACGCGAUUUCUAUGACAGCCGUGACAGAUAUGGUGGUCGUGCUUCUCCUCGCGGUCGUGGCCCACCUGAUGACUUUGGCCCACCCCGCCCGCGUUACCCGGAGGACCCCUACGACGCCCGCGGUCCGCCACCCCGCCGCUAUGACGACCCUUAUGCGAACGGACAUGGCGGCCGUCCUUAUGAUGCUCGACCUCCUUCCCCUCGCGGCCGCCCACGCAGCCCUAGUGGUCGUCCUCCUUUCGAAGCAGACUACCCUCCUCCUAGGGGACGCUAUUAG